CAAAAGUCACCUGUGCCGAAGUGACACUUUAUUAUGUUCCAACUUGUUUUCCGUUUCGUCAUUUUAUUUUAACAACAAAUAUUACAUUUGCGCCAUGUUUCCUGCUUGUUUUUCGGCAUUCGUUUAUUAAAUGUGGCGUGCACGUGUUGGUAAACUAACACACACGCAGACGGUGGCACUCAUACAUUCGCGGCUAGGCAGCAGACACGACGGUCGCCACACUCACACACAGACACAGACAUCCUGCUCACACCGACACACACUCCGCGCAGACAAUGUGAUUCCGCCAUUAAUAUUAACGUUAAAGAAGCAACAACAAAACGCUCAUCAAACAUGCGGCGUUUAGUACGCAAACAGACACACACACGCACACAACCAGGCUAACCGAAAGGACAAACGAUUGUGUCGGUGUGUGUGAGAGCGAGCGAGAGAGCUGUCGGCCAUUUCCUUUCGUCUUUCGCCUCUUUCCGGUGCGUUGAAAGUUUCGCUUUUCGUUUUUCGUUCGCUGGUUGUUUUUCUGUUUUUUUCUUUUUGGUGUCUCUCAGUUGGCGUCGAGCAUUUCCUUAAGGCAAACGCUGCUUUGAUUUGCCCUCCGCGUGUGCCCCAAAAAAAAUUCUGAAAUAUUUCGAAAAUAUUCCGGGAAAAUCGUGAGGUGUUUUUCCAAAUAGCGAAUCAUGGCUUUGGUGGCCCACCGAAUGAUGUUGCCCGCGCGGCAUCGUCGCAACACCACUCAGCAGGUGGCCCGCAACAAAGUGGGCGUCCUGUUGGUUCCAAGUGUCGCGGAUUACUAUGGCGGCGAGUUGCCACCGCCCCAGGCCACGCCCACACCCACGCCGGCCGUCUCCCAGUUGCAUCUGCCACUGGAUGCAACGGAAACAGCCAACGAUGGCAGCAACGGAAAUGUAAGUGCAACAAGUCGGUGCAACGCCCCAGAU